UUCAAACUAUUAAAAUAACUAUGAAUUCUAAACUGACCGGUCAAAUUUUGACUUCAUAUUUAAAAAUACCAAUUUUGAGAGAUAACCCUGUUUGUUUUCACUGUAGCACCAUGAAUCAAUUAUUUGUAAACAAUCAUUUAUCAGUGAGUAAUGGAAAGAAUUCUGAAUCACAAAAUUUUAAUUUAAACAGGUAUAUAUAUAAAUUUUCUCUCACACACUACUGAAUACUUUAACAUUUUCCUGGGGUGAUACAUUAUAGAAUAAUAAUAGGUGAUAGAACAGAUACUAAGGAGAUAUUUACCUGUUUGGUAGUACAUGUACAGGUAUUAAUGUACCGUUAAUUAGUAGAUGACAAAAGUGGAUUACGUUUUAUUGGUAAAUAUCAUUAACACUGAAAAUUGUGUAGAAAAAUGAUAAAAUUUUGAUUUUUCACAAGAGAAUAAUAGUGACUGGACAUUAAUAGGAUAUACCAGUUGGUUUCAAGUGUCUACCUUAAAUAUUCUGAGUCUUUGACUAUCAGGAAAUCAAUACAAAAUGGUGGUUAAAGACAGGACUUUGGAAAUGCACAAGAAACGUGAAGAACUUGGGAGAAACAGCAAGAGAUUUUCAUUCAAAAAGAAAAAUACACCAAUGGAUAUAUUAAUGAAGAAAGUGAAACGUAUAGAAAACGAUUUGAUAGAGAUACAGAGCCAUGUGACUGAAGUCACUAAACUUCAGAAUAAUCUCUAUUGUUCGCCAUUUGUCACACAGACAGAAUUAAAAAAAAUGGAAAAAUUAUCUGAUCAUAUUUUAACUGAAUCUGUCAAAAUACGUAAAGAAAUUGAAGCUUUAUCCAACAACAAUAAUGAAAUUUCAGAAGCUGACGCAUAUCAGAAAGUAUGUGUGAAUCAGAUUGAGAGAUUGUCUCAUCAGCUUCGUGAGAUUAUGAACACUUUCCGAGCAAAUCAGGCAGAUUAUAUUGACAAAACUAGGACAAGGUUUCAAAGAAAGGUGGUGAUAGUAUCCAAGGAGGAUAACCCCGAUAUUGACAUGAACCAAGUUGAUUUCCAAACUCAUUCAGUGUUUACCGAUAAUAUUAUAAUUCAAAUGCAAACGGCCAAAUCUGACCUUCAAGAAUUGGAAGAUAGGGAGAAAGAACUCCAUCAAUUAGAAAAUCAAAUUCAUGAAGUUAAUCAAUUAUUUAAAGAAAUGAAUGUGUUAGUUGGUGAACAAGGUGACAUGUUAAAUAACAUUGAGAAAAAUGUAGAGGAGGCUGUCGUACAUGUGACCAAAACAAAUAAAGUAUUAAGGCAGGCUAAAGAGUACAAGUCUAAAGCCAGAAAAAAGAAAUUUAUAUGUGCGGCCAUCUUAGGUGCUGUUGUUGUAAUAACAGUUGUUAUUCUUAUCAUCGUAUUUGCUUAGUGAAGUUAAAUCUACCUCAGUGGUGCCAUCAUUGUUAUUUAAUUGUCACUGUUAAUUUAUUUUUCAUAAAUAUACAUUAUUUUGUAAAUUGAUUAUUUUUUUAGUAAAAUAUCUAUUUGA